AGAUCUCUAGCUGUUGCAACACAGGAAGUACCGAAGAGAACAAAAGAGAGUCAACUGUAGCACCUCUUCCAGCCAAAUAUUCUGGAGCAUUUCGAGGUCUUAUCAAACGCUUGUUGCGGAACAACCCAAAACUUAGGCCCAGUGCAGAUGAGUUGCUAAGGCACCCCCUACUUCAACCCUAUGUUGAAAAGAUUCAUCUCCAUACUAGGAAUCCUAUGUGUGAUGCCAUAGAUGAUAACUGGGACGAUACUGAUUCUAAUUGCAUAGACAAAGCUACAUUACCAGAAGCAGAAGAUGAAAGGAAAAUAGAUCCCAGUAUGUCAGAAGCUGAACUUGAUUCCUUUUACACUGAUGACAGAAUAAAACCUACCUUGUCUGAUCUGGAACGGAGGUUGGCUAAGUCAAAGGCUCAAGAUCCCUUUAGGAGAGUGGCUGCUACCAAACAAGUUCCUUCAAAAGCUUCCAAUGAUGUAAGGAAUCCCAGAUUAUCACGAGCAAAAACAUUUGGUACAUCCAAAAGACGACCAGAAUUGUCUAAAAAUCAACAAUCGCCUUCUUCAAGGACUCCUGUGAAACGAUCUGUUUCUGUAAACCGCACGCGCAGAGCAUCUAUGCCGUUAUCUACUAGAGCUGCAACUUAUGAAUCACCUUUCCCCAGGGUUUUCUCCCCUAAUCGUUUUGCUUAUUUGCUACAACUAGUAAAUAGUAAACAUGAGGAACAUUAUGGAACAGAGGGAGUACUAACAUUUAUUUUCAUAUACUAGAAAUAAAAUAGGGUCAAAGUGAAUUAUGUGAAUAGUGCAAAAAGUCAAAAUAGGUCGAGUAUUAAGGGACGAAGGGAAUAUAUAAGAAUAUUGGAAUAGUGCUAAAACCAAGAUGGUGCAAUUAUUAAAAUAUGGAGGAAGUAAUACGUAGUAUCUAUUAUUGUCAUAAUUUGUAAAUUAAUAUAUUUUUCAUACAUAAACAGUUUUAAAAAAAGGAUAGAGAAUAAAAAUAAAAUAAAACAGAUUUUUUUUAGGAAAAUGGUUUUUGGCGGGAAAAUUUACACCAGAAAGUGACACGUGUUAUUCCUGGUGUCUGUUUUAAAGUAAUAAAUAUCUCAUUAAACUACCUACAUUUUUUAGGGAGUUUGGUUUUUUUCUUUGGGUAAUUUCAUGGGUGUUGUGGGAACUUUGUUGGUGAUGAUGUGUAACCCUUUCCUCGGAGGUAUCAAGUAUGCGCUGGCACGAUCUUCCUACAACCUGCAAAACAAGAAUAUUCUCGUAGAAAUAUUCCCUCCGAUGCCUAAGUAAGUAUUGGCUAGAGAGAGAACUAAUUUCUAGAGAGAAGGCAUAGUAGAAUAGUUUAAGGUAGGUAGGAAUGAAUUGAUUUCUCUUUUACCUUGGGAUUUGAACUAUUUAUAGGACUAGGGUUUUGGGAAGUGUCCCAAAACCCUAGCCAUAUGAUUGGCUGACCUCAUAGAUGGGGACAUGUGUCCUUGUCAAGUAUAGAGGGUAUAAGGUGCCUUUUCAGUUUGGGCCUGUCAUAGGAAAUUUUGGGCCUCUUUGGUUUAUCUUCAUGGAUGAAUUUUCUAAAUGUGUACAUCUGCCUAGCAUGCAUGGGCCACGCGUUGCCCCACGAUAGGUACAAGGUGGAGUUUGCUAUUUCUAGCCACAUCAUUUCUAGGCCAACGAGGCUGGUGGAUCUACCCAUAUCGUGGCGGAAGGUGAGGCGUCCAAGGCUGGAGACCUAGAGGCUAAGGAGACAUCUGCCAAAGCGGCGGUGGAUGUCGAUCUUGCAGCUGACGCGGCUGCCAAGAAGGAGAAGAGUAAGGAGCCAGGUGAUCCUUCUCCUUCUAAGGAUAAGUCGAUGC